AUGUUGUACGCUAGGGGUAUGCAGUACUGCACAGAUCUCAACAUGCAGUUCAAAAAGUUCGGAGAUGCGAUCCACCUAUCAGGGCCUUUUCAACUUGUGUGGAACAGGAUUUCCUUUUCUCGGCUCACCCUCAUUUAUUUCUUCUUCUCUUUCGCCCAUUUUAUCAUUCAACUUUCCUUUCAAAUCAAGGCUUUCACCAUCAACGCUGACGCUUCCAACUUACUGUCUCGCAUUGUCAAUGAAGCUCAGACUACCAACAGCAGCCUUCCCAUCCUCCGCGAUUCUGAUCUCCGCAUGUGCAGCUGGGUUCCCGCCAACUUGAACGUUGAUGUCGACUCUUGCAAGGUCAUCUGGAGCGCUCCCAAUGCCGAGGCCUCCACCAAUGCCGUUGGCAGCUUCCCCAGCUCUCUGCCCUCCACCCCAGCAGCAACUGUCUCUACGACUUCUGUGGCUGUGACAAGCCCAACCGUUGUCCCUUUUGUGAAUGGAACCCGUGUUGUUGUUGACGACGAUAACGAUGAUGAUGAGGACGACGAUGGGGACGAUGACGAUGAGGACGACGUUGAAGAGGAUGAUCGCAAGCGACGAUUCGUUCGUCGUGAUGUGCAAAUCAUCACUUCUCAGGAAGAAGGCGCUGUUUCCGUGACUCUACAGGGGCUUCCGCAAGGCGAAGUUGUCCUGAAUGAGUCCUGCUUGUGGACCCUGAACUGGCCCGUCUCUGUCCUCGGAAAUACCAAGAGAGAGGAUAUUGUCUUCAUUGCGUUCCAAUUCUGGGUAUUGGCAAUGUCGAUUGUCGCCCUCCUCAACGAGUCGAUUCCUCACAUCCUUGCAUCCCUGGUGACCCACAUGAUGGCGACUGCAUGGACUGCUUUCCAGAUCACCCACACCGCUAACUUCCGCUCCAACUUCAACCGUGUCAUUACUAAUGGUGCUUGCCGCGGGGUCGCUCUCCUCCCUAAUUACUGGGAUGCUCGUAGCAAGGCCGAAAUCCCAAGCCUCACCUUCAACAUUCUUUCCCUGCUCAUCUCCUGCUUCUUGACGUGGAAGCUCGUCAAGUUGUUCGGCUGGCAGACUUUCAAGCGCGUCGGUGCCUCCUUGACCAUUAAUAGGGUUUACAAAUUCGUCUUGUUCCUGUCGAUCACCAUCCAGCUUUCCCUGUUCUUUAUGGUUGUGACAGUCUCCCUUUGGAUCGACCAAUUGAUGAACAGUGUCAUCGGUGACCUGGUUGACUACCAGACCUUGUACAAAGUAACCUCCUUCAUCACAUUGGUCAUGCUCGUUCCUUGGUUGACUUGUGGCUGGUUCGGAGUACGACGUGAGCUACGCUUGCCCAUGUUCGUCUUCCUGGUGUUGUCGAUUCUCUACCUCGGUGGAUGGGGUGUGAUGUUCUUCUCGACCACCUUCCGCUGGACCUUCAUCACAUGGCGAUUCUUCUCCAUCAUGGCCGCAGCGUCUGUGUUCUUGACAUGCCUUGCAAUUGUCCUCGGAGUUAUCUGCCGUUUCAACUUUGGCAAAGGCCUUGCUCGUUACCUCAAUGCUCAUCAAACACUCCCUGAUGACGAUUUUCCCGCUCCGUACACAUACAAUGGCGCGGAUGUGGAGAAAGUUGCUUUCCCUUCGUCGGAGAAGCCCCUUCCAACAUACGCCUCGUAUGAUGAUUUCGCACCAUCCACCUACUCCGGUUCGACUAUGGGCCCGCGGUUCUCAAACAAGUUGGCUGAACCCUUCGAAACUAGCGUCCCAGCUGUUCCGUACCCUGCCCCAGCUCUCAAGCGCACCUCGAACGAGGUCCAGGUCAAGAGGAACCCCAGUUUCGGUAGCACCAGGACCAGUGGCAGUCUCGGGAGCUUGGGCUCGCAUGCCCGCAGUGACAGUAGCCAUUCCCAUGGUAGCCAGGUCUCUCACUCCAAGCGUUGGGUCAUUGAGUGA